AGGUCUAACCCAGCAUUAAUAAUAUUCGAGCAUAUAUGCCACAAUGCUUAUAUAUUUGUUGUUAAAAGCAAGCUAGGCCUCAUUAAUUUCUCCGAACUAGACAAUGUCUUCAACGUUGAAAAUAAUGCUAUUCAUGGUGCUCCUAUCCCUCCACACCUUCUCCAGUCUAGUCUCAAGCCACCAGCACCACCCCCUAGACCCUCUAACUCGAUCUGAGUUCACCCUGGUCCGCACCAUAGUGCAGAAAUCGUACCCUAGCUCGAUCCAUAACCUAACCUUCCAAUACGUAGGUUUGGACGAGCCAGACAAACCCAGAGUCCUUGCAUGGCUAUCGAACCCAGCCUCCAAACCCCCACCUCGGCGCGCCUUCGUCAUCACACGCCUCGCAAAAAAAUCCCACGAGAUCGUAGUGGAUUUGUCGACACGUUCGAUAGUCUCCGAUGCUGUUUACGACGGACAUGGCUACCCUUUGCUUACCAUUGACGAACAAUCUACUGCAAUCACACUGCCCCAAACAUACGAGCCAUUCAUCGAAUCGGUUAAGAAGAGGGGGCUGAACUUAUCCGAUGUGGUUUGCUCCACUUUUACGGUCGGAUGGUUCGGAGAGGUGAAGAUCAGUGCGAGGGUGUUGAAGCUACUGUGUUUCUAUACAGAUCAUGGAACGGUUAAUCUGUACGUGAGACCAGUGGAGGGAAUAACGUUAGUGGUUGAUCUAGACGAGAUGAAGAUUGUUGAAUACUAUGAUAGGUUUAGGGUUCCGGUGCCAAAAGCUGAAGGAACAGAGUACCGGGCAUCCAAGAUGAAGCCACCGUUCGGUCCUCACUUGAAUGGUGCAGCCUUCCUGCAACCGGAUGGACCAGGGUUUAAGAUAGAUGGUCACACUGUCAGUUGGGCCAAUUGGGUCUUUCACGUAGGAUAUGACGUUCGAGCCGGUCCAAUAAUAUCUGCAGCAUCGAUAUAUGACCUGGAGAAGCAGACAUAUCGCCGAGUCCUAUACAGAGGAUUCAUAUCGGAGUUGUUCGUGCCUUACAUGGACCCAACCGAGGAGUGGUACUACAAAACAUUCUUUGAUUGCGGUGAAUUCGGGUUCGGUCAAUCUGCGGUGUCACUCGAGCCCUUCGCCGAUUGCCCUUCUAAUGCAGUGUUCUUGGACGCAUAUUUUGCCGGAGCAGAUGGUUUGCCCGUGAAAAUAUCCAAUGCUUUUUGUAUAUUCGAGCGCUAUGCGGGGAAUAUUAUGUGGCGUCACACUGAGAUGGACAUUCCAAAUGAAGUUAUAAGGGAGGUCAGGCCUGAGGUGAGCCUUGUAGUGAGGAUGGUCGCAACAGUUGGCAACUAUGACUACAUUCUUGAUUGGGAACUCAAGCCCAGUGGUUCCAUUAAAUUUGGGGUAGGGCUAACGGGAGUGCUAGAAGUGAAGGGUGUGACAUAUACUCACACAGAUCAGAUAAAGGAGGAUGUCUAUGGCACCCUGUUAGCAGAUAACACAAUUGGUGUGUACCACGACCACUUUUUGACGUACUAUCUUGACCUCGACGUGGAUGGCGAACCCAACUCCUUUGUCAAGAACAAGUUGGAGAAGAUCCAGGUAACAGAUGGCCACAGCUCACCAAGGAAGAGUUACUGGACAACUGUGAGUGAGACGGCUAAAACUGAAUCUGAUGCACGAGUUCAGCUGGGCUUGAUGCAGUCUGAGUUAGCAGUGGUGAAUACGAACAAGAAAACCAAUUUUGGGAACAACGUCGGUUAUCGUUUGAUUCCAGGGUCAGCAGCACAGCCCCUUUUGUCAUAUGAUGAUUACCCACAAAUUCGGGGAGCCUUCACCAAUAAUAAUGUGUGGGUCACACCGUAUAACAAGUCAGAGAAAUGGGCUGGAGGAUUAUAUGUUGAUCAAAGCCAUGGAGAUGAUACCUUGGAAACUUGGAGCCUCAGGAAUAGGGACAUUGAAAACAAGGAUAUAGUAUUGUGGUACACAAUUGGAUUUCAUCAUGUCCCUUGCCAGGAAGAUUUCCCGGUGAUGCCAACCUUGAGUGGUGGGUUUGAGCUCCGGCCGACCAAUUUCUUUGAGAGCAAUCCCGUCCUCAAAACAAAACCUCCCAAGCAUGUGGACUGGUCUAACUGCACUACUACUUCCACUCACCCGUGACUGUACUUCAUUGUGUUAGAAUUAUUAUAAGAACCUCCAUGAUCCCCCGGGAACGUGUUGUAAAAUUUCGUCUUCUACCGGAUUUAUAUAUAAUCCUUGUCGGUUUUAUCGUAAUAAUUAGCAAAAUGAUCAGCAGGGGCGCCGGGCGUUGCCAGGAAUAAUUGGUUCUUGUACAGUGAUGUUAAUUGGAUCCCAA